AUGUCGGCCCGCAAUCCAUCACGCGAGACCGUGGCCGCUCCAGGCUCGCCCACCCUCUCGUCGACCUCGCACGCAUCCAACGCCUCGACCACAGCCACGGUCAUCGACAGCCAACCCAACCCGAAAAGUCUAGUCAACCUCGGCAAACAGCUCAAGUACCUCUCCAUCGGCCUUGUGCUCACCCUCUACUUCCAGGUAUACCAACAUCUGUCGGACGCGCUAUCGCUAGGCAUCCUCUCAUCAUUCCCAGCCAAGCUUGCGCUGCUAUCCGCGGUGCUGUUGAUUGGGACGGUGCUUAUUUUCGGGUACAUCAUCCUCCUCCCUGCGCGAGGGUACACCGUCAACUACAUGGACUGGCGCGGGGAUGCGCAUUUGGGGAGCGCCAUCCCCAUCUUGACGGCAUGCAUUAUCUUUGGAUGGGUGACCUUGCUGUUCACGCUAAGCCCGGUGGGUGCGCCCGCACCGCCCGCGCAGAGCAUCCAACAGCGUUUGAGCCAGGCAGCGGCGUACACAGGUUGGGACAGCCUGCAGAGCAAGAUCCAGUCCAUUCCGGCAAACAUCCUCCCUCAGUCCUCCACCUCGAGUGGCGGCUGGAACAAGAUCACUUCGAGGCUGAGCGGGUCGAACGCCGACAAGAGCUGGGACACGAUCGCCUCCUACCUCUCCCUCUCCCCCCGAGCGAACUCCAAUCUGCAGCAAUACUUCCUCCAGCUCAGCGCACGCGCGGACGACUGGGCCGCGCGCAACAUCAAAGUCAUCGGCUGGACAGGCGCGCUGUUGGGAAGCAUCGGCACGUACCUCUUCGUCUUUGGAGCGGUGGGCCUCGUUGGGUUUGUCGCCCCGGAUAACAGGGCGAACAAGAGCAAGACGUUUUAG